UAAAGAGAGACAAGAGGCCAUGUACCCGUAUUUCGAAGAGACCUGAGCCAUGACGAAACCAGUCUUCGAUUCAUCUCUAAGCCUUCCGACCUUUUUUUUUUUCAUAAAUGAUAUAUAUGUCUUUCUUUCCGAUCACAAACUGUUAAUUACCGUCUCUCGUUUUCAUUCUCUGUUGUUUUGCUGGCUGUUCCUUAACGCUUAGCCUUUAACACUGUAAAACAAUUGCGAAUGAAUUAAUCAACAAUUUCAAUCUUUCUUUCGUUCUUUGCCGGAAGAAAAAGAAGUUGAAAACAAAUCCUAGAGCAUUUGCACUAGAAAGUUGUGGAAAUUAAUUGCUGAGAAAAGGGUUGGGCAGGUUCCUUGAUCUUCUGACCAAUUGAUAGGAUCUUAUGUACUACUAGUUUCUUAAUAUUGAAUAUGGUGAUCUUGGAGUAUAUACAGGCUUGAAGAUAAAGCAAAAGAACAAAGAUGGAGGAUUUAUGGACUAUGUUUUGCCGGGAAUCUACUUGUACAGAGACUGAUGGAAAGACAUGCAAUUCUACCUUUUGGCAUUUCACUCAUCCCUCUUCCUGCAUUCAGCAAGCAAUGAUAAUUUGUUUCAAUAUUCUGCUCUUAGUCAUGCUCUUAUUCAACAUGAUUCAGAAGUCAUCAUCAAAAACAGUUGGCAUUCCUGCUCGCUUUCGAAAUCGUUCAGCUUUGCAGAUGGCUUCUGCUAUUGUUAAUGGUUUUCUUGGGUUGGGGUACUUGUGCUUUGGCAUUUGGGUUUUGGAAGAGAACUUGAGGAAAACACAGACUGUUUUGCCUUUGAAUUGGUGGUUGUUAGCACUGUUUCAGGGCUGCACAUGGUUAUUGGUGGGUUUAACUGUGAGCCUUAGGGGUAAUCAACUUCCCAAGACGCCACUAGGUCUGCUGUCAAUUCUCGCCUUCAUAUUUGCAGCAGUUGUUUGUAUUUUAUCUACUUUUGCUAUUCUGAGCGAAAUAGUCACAGUAAAAAUAGUUUUAGAUGCUCUGUCAUUGCCUGGAGCAAUAUUGUUGCUGUUAUGUGCUUACAAGGGAUACAAGCAUGGAGAUGGUAAUCAUAACACCAAUGAAAGUGGCCUUUAUGACCCUUUAAAUGGUGAAGCCAAUGACAGUACCAAAGCUGAUUACACUGCGCAAGUUACUCCAUUUGCCACAGCUGGAUGCUUUAGUAAAUUCUCCUUUUGGUGGUUGAAUCCUUUGAUGAAAAAAGGUAGGGAGAAGACUCUUCUGAAUGAAGAUAUACCCAAGUUACGUGAGGCAGAGAGAGCAGGAAGCUCCUAUUUGUUGUUCUUAGAGCAAUCGAACAAGCAAAAGCAAGCCAAACCGUCAUCACAGCCAUCUAUUUUGAAGACAAUAAUAUUAUGCCACUGGAGAGAUAUUUUCGUGUCUGGGUUUUUUGCUUUGCUUAAGAUAAUCACUAUGUCCUCUGGUCCUCUGCUUCUUAAUGCCUUCAUUUUGGUUGCUGAGGGAAAAGGAAGUUUCAAAUAUGAAGGUUACUUAUUGGCCAUGUCACUCUUCUUUGCAAAAAGUUUAGAAUCCUUGUCACAAAGGCAGUGGUAUUUUCGAACCAGACUAAUUGGUCUGAAUGUAAGGUCUUUACUCACUGCAGCUAUAUAUAAGAAGCAACUGAGAUUAUCCAAUGCUGCAAGGUUGAUGCACUCGAGUGGUGAGAUAACGAAUUAUGUUACAGUUGAUGCCUAUAGAAUUGGGGAAUUUCCUUUCUGGUUCCAUCAGACAUGGACAACAAGCCUUCAGCUGUGCAUUGCUCUAGUGAUUCUCUUCCGUGCAGUGGGACUAGCUACGAUUGCAGCUCUAGUUGUUAUCUUUCUUACUGUCCUGUGCAAUACUCCACUUGCCAAGUUACAGCACAGGUUUCAAAGCAAGCUAAUGGUUGCACAAGAUGAGAGACUUAAGGCUAGUUCGGAGGCUCUUAUAAACAUGAAGGUGCUGAAGCUAUAUGCAUGGGAGAGUCAUUUCAAAAAAGUUAUCGAAAAUUUAAGGGCUGUGGAAUACAAAUGGUUAUCAGCGGUGCAGUUGCGAAGAGCAUAUAAUGCCUUUCUGUUAUGGUCUUCCCCUGUUUUGGUCUCUGCUGCUACCUUUGGGGCAUGCUAUUUCUUGAAAAUUCCUCUACAUGCGAGUAAUGUCUUCACUUUUGUGGCUACAUUACGUCUUGUUCAGGAUCCCAUUAGAUCUAUUCCUGAUGUUAUUGGAAUAGUCAUUCAAGCGAAGGUUGCAUUUGCGCGUGUUGUGAAUUUCUUUGAGGCACCAGAGUUGCAGAGUACAAACGUCCGGCAAAAACACCAUAUGGAGAAUGCCGACUUAGCUAUUUCUAUUAAAUCAGGAGGGUUUUCCUGGGAAGAGAAUUCUUCAAAACCCACUCUAAGAAACAUAACUUUAGAAGUUAGGAUGGGGGAAAAAGUGGCUGUCUGUGGAGAGGUUGGCUCUGGUAAAUCAACCCUGUUAGCCGCAAUUCUUGGAGAAGUACCAAACGUCCAAGGAUCUAUUCAAGAAUUUGGAAAGAUUACCUAUGUUUCUCAAACAGCCUGGAUUCAGUCAGGAACGAUACAAGAGAACAUAUUAUUUGGGUCUGCCAUGGAUAGGCAACGAUAUGAAGAAACGCUUGAGAGGUGUUCCUUGGUGAAGGACCUUGAGUUGAUGCCCCAUGGUGAUCUAACUGAUAUAGGUGAAAGAGGAGUCAAUCUUAGUGGUGGUCAGAAACAGCGAAUUCAACUUGCUCGUGCUCUCUAUAAGAAUGCUGAUAUAUACCUCUUGGAUGAUCCAUUCAGUGCUGUGGAUGUCCACACAGCUACAUGUUUAUUUAAUGAAUAUGUCAUGGAAGCACUUUCAGGGAAGGCAGUAUUACUUGUGACCCAUCAAGUUGAUUUCCUACCUGCUUUUGAUUCUGUUUUGUUAAUGUCAGAUGGGGAGAUCCUUCAAGCAGCUUCUUAUCAUCACUUAUUAGCUUCUAGUGAAGAAUUUCAGGGCCUUGUCAAUGCACACAAAGAAACUGCUGGAUCUGGAAGAGUUGCUAAAGCUAGGUCAUCCGGAAGUAAUGGAACAUCCACCAGAGAGAUUAAGAAGAGCUAUGUGGAAAACCAGUUUAAAGAAUCAAAAGGCGAUCAACUGAUCAAGCAAGAAGAAAGGGAAAGAGGAGAUACAGGGUUUAAGCCAUACAUACAGUACCUCAAUCAGAAUAAAGGCUUUUUGUUCUUCUUCAUUUCUGCUUUCACUCACCUUUUGUUUGUGGGCGGUCAGAUAUCACAAAACUCUUGGAUGGCAGCUAGUGUUGACAAUCCUAGUGUUAGCCCAUUGAAACUGAUCGGAGUUUAUUUGGUGAUUGGAUUUUUCUCAACACUAUUGUUGCUAUGUAGAUCUCUUUCCACAGUUACCUUGGGUAUUAGAUCUUCAAAAUCUCUAUUUUCACAGCUAAUAAAUUCCCUUUUUCGUGCACCUAUGACAUUUUACGACUCCACUCCUCUGGGAAGGAUACUAAGUCGGGCAUCUUCUGAUCUGAGCAUUGUUGAUCUUGAUAUCCCAUUCAACUUAAUCUUAUCUGUUGUGGCUACCAUAAAUGCUUAUAGCAAUCUUGGAGUUUUGGCUGUUGUUACCUGGCAAGUCCUAUUUGUUUCAAUACCAAUUAUCUAUGCCGCAAUUCGCUUACAGAAAUAUUACUUUUCGACUGCAAAAGAGUUGAUGAGGAUAAAUGGCACAACCAAAUCCUUGGUAGCAAACCAUCUAGGUGAGUCAAUAGCAGGAGCCAUCACAGUAAGGGCUUUUGAAGAGGAAGAACGGUUCUUUGUGAAGAUCCUUGACCUCAUUGACACUAAUGCUAGUCCUUUCUUCCACAGUUUUUCAGCAAAUGAAUGGUUGAUCCACCGGUUAGAGACAUUUAGUGCUACUGUUCUUGCCUCUGCCGCACUCUGCAUGGUUUUGCUUCCUCCUGGGACUUUCAGUUCCGGGUUUAUUGGCAUGGCUCUUUCUUAUGGUCUUUCAUUGAAUAUGUCCCUUGUAUUUUCAAUUAAAAACCAAUGCACCAUAGCAAAUAACAUCAUUUCUGUAGAAAGGCUUAAUCAAUACAUGUAUAUUCCAAGUGAAGCCCCUGAAGUGAUAGAGGGGAAUCGUCCUCCAUCCAACUGGCCAGCUGCGGGUAAAGUGGAUAUCUGUGAUUUGCAGAUCAGAUAUCGGGCUGGUGCACCAUUAGUUCUUAGAGGCAUCAGUUGCACAUUUCAAGAAGGGCACAAGAUUGGUAUUGUUGGCCGAACUGGCAGUGGGAAGACAACUCUAAUCAGUGCUUUAUUCCAUCUGGUUGAGCCAGCUGGAGGGAAAAUUGUAGUUGAUGGCAUUGACAUCUCAACUAUUGGCCUUCACGAUCUGAGGUCACGUUUUGGAAUAAUACCUCAGGAUCCUACCCUUUUUAACGGAAUUGUGAGAUACAAUUUGGAUCCUCUAUCCCAACAUACUGACCUGGAGAUAUGGGAGGUUCUUGACAAGUGCCAACUUCAAGAAGCUGUUCAGGAAAAAGAAAAGGGACUGGACUCCUUAGUUGUGCAAGAUGGAUCAAAUUGGAGCAUGGGACAACGGCAACUAUUUUGCCUGGGCCGUGCUCUCUUGAGGAGAAGUCGAAUAUUGGUGCUUGAUGAAGCAACUGCAUCAAUUGAUAAUGCAACUGACUUGAUUUUACAAAAAACUAUUCGCACCGAAUUUGCAGAUUGUACUGUUAUCACAGUGGCACACAGGAUACCGACUGUUAUGGAUUGCACGAUGGUACUUGCCAUCAGUGAUGGUAAACUAGUGGAGUACGAUGAGCCAACGAAGUUGAUGGAGAGAGAAGGUUCGCUGUUUGGGCAACUUGUCAAGGAAUAUUGGUCCCAUUAUCACUCCGCAGAGCCACAUUGAAGUUCACAAAUUUUCAUGGGGCAAACUCAUUUCAUAACAGCUUGAUGGAAACGUAUAUAAUUAAGUAGGAUGUAUGGAUAAAUAAUGUUACUGUGUUUCAAGGGAAAGGAGAGGGAACAGUAAGUACUUGCUCGAGGUUUUGUAGAUGUCGUCCUCAAGCAAGUCUUGCCAGGUCGGGGAGCUGAAGAACUAUACAGAGGACACAUGCCAUACUUAUUGGCUUUAGAGGAAGCUGGAGCAAGCAGGAGAGAGGGCGCGAUAGUGAAGACUUUUCACGAGAACAAAAAAAUUAUGCGUUGUCUAGAUGUCUUCAAACAUUAUUAUUCCUAGUUUCUCAAGGCAAUGAAUCGUGAUUGCCCAUCUUUCAACAAAUUGCUGAUGCUCUACUACAUACUCUCCUUAAUUGCUUUCUACAUUUUACUUAGAGAACUUCUUCAAUGGUGCAUAGCUAGACUAGUAUUGCACUUGAGUGCCAGAUUUGUUACUAUAUGUUAUAAGUUUCGGUUUGUCGAAUUCACAACCAGAAAGAAAAGAUAACUAGGAAAAUGAGAAAACAAGCGUCAUGAUGGUUCUGUGUGAUGUAUCUUUCAAUCCGAAAUCUAUUAUAAAGGCGUGCGUCAAU